AUGGCUCAGCAAACAAAUGGAUCGCAUCCAUCAGCCGUGUCAGAUAGCAAGGCGCACAAAUUCAAUCCAGAUUUCACACGGGCUGUAAUCAAUGCAACAGGACCAAAGGCCGCUCCACGCACCAGACAACUUGCUGCAAGCUUGAUUCAGCAUCUUCAUGACUUCGCAAGAGAGAACGAGUUGACAGUGGAUGAAUGGAUGGCAGGCGUCGAACUGGUACGUUUCCACGCCCUCUUUCCACGGUCUCGUUGGCGCGCGAGUACUGGGAGAUGUCAUCGUACACACACUCACAUGUCCCAGGUGAAUGCAGCCGGUCGCAUGUCAGAUGAUAAGCGCAACGAAGGUCAACUCCUCUGCGACGUCCUCGGCCUCGAAUCCCUCGUCGAUGAAAUCACUUACAAACUUGCCUCGGACGCCGCCGAUGAACCCACUGCAACGGCGAUUCUUGGUCCAUUCUACCGUCACAACGCGCCUGAGCUGCCCAUGGGCGGCUGCAUUGUUGCCGGGCUCCCCAAGGAUGUAGCAGACAAAGGCGAUAGAACAUGGAUGCACGGCACAGUCACAGACUUCAGGACGGGCAAGCCAAUUGAGGGUGCGGUAAUGGAUGUAUGGCACACAGCACCUAAUGGAUUGUACGAGCAGCAAGACCCAGAACAGCCAGAAAUGAACCUUAGGGGUAGGUUUACAACAGGCAAGGAUGGGAAGUACAAUUUCUACUGCCUAAGGCCGGUACCUUAUCCGAUACCUUUCGAUGGCCCUGCCGGUAAGGUACUCCAGGCGCUUGACAGACAUCCGAUGCGACCGGCGCACAUUCACUUCCUGGUAUGUUGUACUCUACAGUCCGGAAAAGUUCUCGUUCAAGGUAGACUAAUCCAGCAACAGCUCAAAGCACCUGGCUACAAGCCGAUUAUAACACAGAUUUUCGACCGGAAGAGCAAGUAUAUUGAGGAUGAUGCAGUCUUUGCUGUGAAAGACUCUCUUCUCGUGGAUUUCAUACCCUUUGAAGGAGAUCCGAAAGCAGAGUUUGAGCUGCCGUAUGACUUCAAGAUGGCCAGCUUUGAAGAUGCGAAGUCCCUCGCAGGAGCGACACCAGCGAGCGCAUCACUGUAG